AGCUAGCAAGCUGAGCAGCUGUACUGUACGGACGGACGUACGCGUACUACGCUACGGAUGGGGGCUUGAUUGCAACGUUGAGAGAUGCACGACGACCGAGUGAUGACUACUAUUUUCUGUGUGAUCGCUGUGGCCGAGAAUGUUCGACAUUUGAACCAUAAAGCAAGUCCAAAAUGCUUCUAAUUUAGAUCUAAAUUGGUUCAGCAGACAACAUCCAUGACGACAGAGAAGACAUCUUGAAUACUUGGGCGUUGGACAUUGUUUUACAUUUUGUUGCCUAACCUUCCCUCAAAUGCCAAGUCUUUGACGGUGGAUUAUUUUGCAUCGCUGGCAAAGCCCUACGCACCAAACUGUCGGGAUAGCUAGGGAAUUUUAUUUCUACUCCACGACAACUGCUGCUAUGUUCACGUAGGAAAUAAGUAGAGGCUGGUUAGCCGCCAUUACUACAGGGUGCAGCUAGCAAUUUACUCAUUUUAUCAUCACCGUCUAAAAAGCUAGGCAGCUAACACUAGACAGUAAAGAUGGCGGAUCUUGAAGCUGUACUCGCUGAUGUGAGCUAUCUCAUGGCUAUGGAGAAGAGUAAAUCUACUCCUGCAGCCAGAGCUAGCAAGAAGAUUGUACUGCCAGAUCCCAGCAUACGAAGUGUAAUGUACAAAUAUCUGGAAGAAAGAGAUGAAAUAACAUUUGAGAAGAUUUUCAAACAAAAACUUGGGUUUCUUCUCUUCAAAGACUUCUGUGAGAACAUCUCAGAGAUUUCAGUACCACAGCUGGAAUUUUACGAAGAGAUAAUAGAGUAUGAAAAGUUGGACUCGGAAGAAGAGAGACUGAAACGAGCUAGGAAAAUAUUUGACAAUUACGUCAUGAAAGACCUCCUGUCUAGUUCACAUCCCUUUUCAAAUGAGGCUGUAGAGACAGUCAGACAAAACCUCACUAAGCGAGAAGUCUCAACAGAUCUGUUCAAGCCUUAUAUCAAGGAGAUUAUGAACUCACUAAGUGGGGAAAUGUUCACCAAGUUUUUAGAGAGUGAUAAAUUUACUAGGUUUUGCCAGUGGAAAAAUGUAGAGCUAAAUAUAAAUUUAACAAUGAAUGACUUCAGUGUACACAGAAUAAUUGGAAGAGGUGGCUUUGGGGAAGUCUAUGGAUGUAGGAAAGCAGACACAGGCAAAAUGUAUGCAAUGAAAUGUCUGGAUAAGAAGAGAAUCAAGAUGAAACAGGGAGAAACAUUGGCAUUAAAUGAACGCAUCAUGUUGUCAUUAGUCAGUGAGAAUGACAGUCCGUUCAUAGUGUGCAUGACCUAUGCAUUCCAGACACCAGACAAGCUGUGCUUCAUUCUGGAUCUAAUGAAUGGUGGUGAUCUACAUUACCAUUUAUCCCAGCAUGGUGUGUUUUCUGAGAAGGAGGUUCAGUUCUAUGCUACAGAGAUUAUGCUAGGGUUAGAACACAUGCACAAUCGCAGUGUGGUGUACCGGGACCUCAAGCCUGCCAACAUACUCUUAGAUGAAAAUGGACAUGUUCGAAUCUCAGAUCUGGGUCUAGCAUGUGACUUCUCAAAGAAGAAACCACAUGCAAGCGUAGGAACACAUGGAUAUAUGGCACCAGAAGUGUUGUCCAAAGGCACUGCAUAUGACUCCAGCGCAGACUGGUUUUCAUUUGGUUGUAUGUUAUAUAAAUUACUCAAAGGGCAUAGUCCCUUCAGACAGCACAAGACAAAGGAUAAGCAUGAGAUAGAUAGGAUGACACUUACUAUGGAUGUUGAGUUUCCUGAUUCCAUGACAGAUGAGAUGAGAUCCUUAUUGGAUGGCUUAUUAAAACGUGAUGUUCCUGAUAGGUUAGGCUGCAUGGGUAGAGGAGCACUGGAAGUCAAAGAACAUUCAUUCUUCAAAGGAGUAGAUUGGAUUCAGGUCUCAUAUCAGAAAUACACUCCGCCCUUAAUCCCUCCCCGUGGUGAGGUUAAUGCUGCUGAUGCCUUUGACAUUGGAUCAUUUGAUGAAGAUGAUGUCAAAGGGAUAAAGCUUGCAGAGUCAGACCAGGAGCUUUAUAAGGAUUUCCCACUUACCAUCUCGGAGCGAUGGCAAGAGGAAAUUGCUGAAACUGUGUUUGAAGCUGUUAACAUUGAUGCAGACAAACAGGAAGCCAAGAAGCGAGCCAAGAAGAUGGAUGAAGGAGAGUAUGCUAUGGGUAAAGACUGCAUCAUGCAUGGCCACAUCUUCAAGCUGGGUGGACCUUUCCUAAACUCAUGGCAGCGACGUUACUUCUAUCUCUUCCCUAAUCGACUAGAAUGGCAAGGAGAUGGAGAAAAGGGUGUGAGCUCGCAAAAUGUACUGGUUAUGGAACAUGUAGUAAGUGUUGAGGAAACAAUGGUCAAGGGCUUCAAAUGCAUACAGCUGAAGCUAAAGGCAGGCAAGAACUGCAUCCUGAGAACAGAGAGUGAUCCUGAGUACAUACAAUGGAGAAAGGAGAUCAAGGAAGCAUAUGACAAGGCUCAGCAGAUGUUGCGUCAUGGUCCCAAGAUGCUAGCUACUCAAGGUUCGUCCUCUGAUAUCAUGAGACACCAACCACUGAGCCAACGUAACAGUAAUGGUGCCCACUAACACUAACCUAUUGAUCAUAACAUCAACCAAGACUACUGUACAAAUCAUGUCAUGCAAUUUAACACUAUGUGAGCUUGAAAAAAGACCACUCUUAACCACAACCAGAAUGACACAGUUGUUUUGUUUGCUAUUGAAUAGUGGUAACCGCAUUCCAUUGCCAUGCAUUAAUCCAUUAUUGUAUCUUGACUUUUUUGAUUACAUAUUAACAUCAAUUCGAUUUGUGAAUGUGCUUUUUAAAGUAUGGAUUCGUUUGAGAACAAUGUGGGUAACAGUUUUAUUACACACCUUCUUUUGACAAUUUUUGUUAUUCAAAAUGUAAGUGUUAAUUGGUUAAAAGUGGACAUAUUUGGCAGCAUUGCAUCAGCAUAUGUAGAUACCAGUAGAGAUCUGUGUCAUGGAUAAGGAUGCUUCUUUCCUUGCUCAAACAUGUAUCUUAACUACUAAGAGUGUGAUAUGUUACCAUGCCAUGUCCAAUAAUCUGUGCAGUCUCAUCACUUUCUGUAGUUGAUGGGCUUCACAUGUCUGCACCUCAUACCAACUAACUAUACCAUGAUGCCAUGAUGCGGGUAUGAAAUCAUCCGAUGCAUGCGCUUGUUAAUUUUCAAAGUCUCAGAAAUUUUUUAGAAAUACCAAGUCCGGACAGCCCAAUAGUGAAACAUGGAUGGAGACCUGUCUACAAGGUGCUGAUGCUCAGUUUAGAUGCCUCAAAUUUGGAAACAAGCCCUGAUCAAGCCCAGAAAUGGCAAGUCAGUAUGCUGGACAGGCAAAAAGUGAAUAUACCUGGACAUGUACAUGUACAUUGUAGACAUACCUGCAAAGAUGUAGAGAUAAAUACUAAACUCUCUUCAGUCUAGUAUGAACAGGGGAUUGUCAAGAGGGCUGUAACGGAACAGGAUCCUUUUGUGCGAUGUUAUGUUUUACAGCCUUCUCUCCUUAUGAAAUUAUAUCAAGUCAUUUCAAUAGUGCACAUAUCUAGUGAUCACCACAACGUCGAAGUACAAAUAGCACCUUCAUUGUAUAAACACAAUUUUUGAUACUUUUGAUUUGUGUUGAGCAAACGACCACACAUAUAACAGCUAACAAGUGUUGUUAAAUGGUCUACUUAGUCAAAGCACACACUUGGAUAUUAACAUUGCUCCACAUGGAGGUGGAGAGCAGGGCCCUUUACUGCUUUGCAUCAACUCAUGCCAUUGUUCUGUAUUUUACUGUCUUACAAACAUUGUAUGGAUACAACCCAUUUCACAGUUACUCUAAUUACAUGUACUAUCAUAAUAGGGAAUGGAAAACCAAUAAUAAUAAUAAUCUCAACCUAUCAAAUUAUGAGAACCCAGAAAAUCAGAUGUGUAAUUGCUGUUUUCAGGGUAACACAAGUUACCUUGGAAAUUGCAAUAAUUUGUUUGACUGAAUGUGAAAUAUGACAUGGAACUUGAAACAUGUAAUGACAUUGGCAUGGUAACAUCGUUUAAUUAGAGAUUAGCAUGGCAUUGCCUGCUGGAAUGAUCUUACUAAACCAAGUACAGUUUCACUUCAAUGUCCACCUUGCCUUAACUGUAUUAGUAAGAAAUGCUUACAUUUUUAGGCCAAUUUGACCCACCUAGUAAUAGAAGUCAGUAUUUUGACUUGUUCCAUACUCUGUAUAUUUACCUGUCUGAUACAGAAAUAAAGGACAUUCUUAGUAGCGCUGUGAACAUUAUUACAGUACAGCAAGUCCUAUAUCAUCCUUUUGGUAACUUCAUUUGGAACAAUUGUUAUCCAACAAGUGACAGCUACAUGCUUUGUAAUAUUUGAAUUAGUUUCGGCAGUUAAAGAAAGUUCUUUUUGAUAAUACCAUAUUGAUGUUUCUUGAUAUAUAACCUUUGACUUGCCUGGCCAACAGUCUGGAGACUUGUUAGCUGUUGGCUGGAGUCAUUUGAUGUUUGUAGCAGACUUUGACAAUUUGCACUGUGACUGACUUUGUACAUAAUCAACCUAAAGUACUGAAUGUGACUAAGUAUAGAGUAUUUGCAUUGUAGACAGUUUCAUAUUGAUACAGUAUGAAUGUCUGCCAAAUAGAUUGACAUCAAACUUUGUUCAUAUUAUAUGUUAUCAUGUCAUGCUAUUUAAUACUGUAGAUUCUUAUUAUAUUCAAUCAAGAAAUGCACAACAAGUAUUUUGAUGAAGUGAGUAGAUAGGAGACUAGUGAGAGCUGGAUCAAUACAUCCAGGUUACGCUCAUUUUUACUUGAAUUUUUAAACUUUUGUUGGUAGUGGAAGCUGAUUAAUUGCAAUUAUAAGAUAAGAGGUGUUAUAGGAACGGUGCUGUUACUGCCAAAGCUUGCUUAUUGGCUGGGCCAAUACUCAAGCAUUUGGUAUAUAUUCACCAUUCAACCAAUUGUGUGUCUACACAUACAUUAUAGCUAGUGCACAAUAUGUAUUCUGGCAUAUUAUUGAAGUGCACAAGUUUCAUGAAGACGUCUGGUUUGAAAUGAGUAGAAUUUAAGAGAUAUAAUAUAUUUGGUAGAGGAUUGAUCAUUUUGAUUUAUUUAUCACCAAAAAUAAAAAGGUAUUUAAUGCCAACCUAUUACAAGUGAACACUUAUUGUACCAUAUACGCUGUUAUUAGUGUAUUUCUAGUGGUAAAUUAGGAUGUAGUCUAGGGAACUGUGUGCAGCGUAUGUACAAAAUAUAAAAAAAUGUUUUUGAUAAUUUUACCUGUUGGGCCUGUGUCAUUGAAAAAAUAUUGAUGUCAAAAUGUAGAUAAAGUAUAGAGUUACAUAACUGUCUGCAACCCUCAUGUUUUACAAAUACAUUAAUGUUUGGUAUUAUAUUGGUACUGUAUUCCUAGGAUAUUUGGAGCAAGAGAUGAAUGAUUGAGUUGUUUCAAGGUAACAUUUGGCAUUAAGAGUAGGACACAAACAGCUACCUAUCAUUUGUGUGUCUACUUGAAGCUCUAGUAUGUCAAGGUACAUGGAGCAAAGUUAUACAUUGAGGAUUCAUAACCAAUUGCAAGUUAAGUUUGAAUCAUUAACGGACCAUCAACUUGUUUGGAUCUAUAUGAACAUUCAGAUUCUAAGUGUGGUACACACCAUAUGUUGUGGUACACACAUGUACAUCAAACAUGGUUAGGGGCAAGCUUUUGCAACGUUUCCUUGAUAGGUGAACCUUUUAUUGGUAUUUUCAAUGAAUUUUACACACCAGAGGUUGUGUUUCCCAUCUAGCAACACUUUCUUAGUUUGAGGAACACAAACUCAAAUAUUAACUUAUUAACAAAUUAGAGAGUGUACCAGGGAUUAUUGCAAUUCAAUUCUCUACUGUGCUUACUGACGGCAAAUCCCAUCUGUGGAAUCAAGGUGUUAGUUAUUGCAGUACUAUGCACUGUAUGUCAGCUUUGUAUACAACACAUCCCAUCAUUUAUCAGCAGCUGGACUACUAGUCACUUGUUAGCAUGCCGAGCCAAUACAUAGUCACAGUGUAUAGGAUUGACCGAUCUUAUUCAGUUCAGCUAGUUUAAAGCUGUUGUUAAUUCUAAACAAUAAGCUUUUGGGAUAAAAACUGUAUCAUAGUAAUAAUGGCUUCUAUAACUGUAAUGUUUGAUUUGGAACAUAUACAAGUGAAACAUUUUGCACACCAUUGCUUAAGACUCCAAAUGCUAAUGUGGAAACAACUGGGAACAUCUUAGUUUUAGUCAUCAAUAUCUUAUUGUUUCUGGAAAGUCUUCAAGUUAAAGUCAAUGAGGCCAAGAUCUGUACCAUUCUAGUAUCAGUCACUGGCAAUUAACCUGCAAAUAGUCUGAAGCCUGCAACACAAAUUGUCCCACAUACUCUGUUCGUAGUUUCAUGCCCAAGCUAGGGCUGAAUAUGAUAAUAACAUGUGCGGUUCUUUUAUACUGUUGUCUUAAGCCAGAAAUUUCUUAAAUCUGGGAUCAUUUCCAAAUCGGAGAGUCUUGUAGCCUAGACCAAUGAUUCAUAUACAUGUAUUUAUGUUUAGGCACUACUUUUUUAGUGGGUUAAAAUAAACUUUUAUUUCCUACUAAAUGUGUUCAAUUGAUCACACCUAUAAAUGUAAGUUUUGUGACUUUGUGGUUCCAUAGUGCAGUGGUACGAUGGCAUUUAUUCAACACUUUCACCGCAUGUGCUGCAUAAAUGAGUGCAUUAGAAAAUGACCUUUGUAUGAAAGAUUCAGAGCAAUUUAGUUGUCAUGAAUUUUGCUAUUAUUUACUGAUAUCAACAGAUUAGGGAUAUUGCUCACAUAUUUCUUUGUGCACUUUCUAGACAAUGAAAAGAUUGAAUAAUUGGUAAAAUGUACGUACAUGCACAUUACCCAUGAUGGGUGCUGACUAUGAAAAUGUAUGUACUCCUAAACAAUCAUCUAGGAUACUUGAUGCAAUAUUUUAUUUUUAAAAGCAAUCCGUCUUACAGUUUGGAUGAAUCUUAUAAGACUUAGCUUAGUUGUCUGAAUAAUAAUAAGCCUUUUUGCUACAUACACUAAAAGGUUUGGGUAAAAUUGUGUGUACCCGAACCAAACAGUACACUCCUAUCACGUCCGCCAUACCUCAAAAUUGCUUAUGAGGUUAUUUGAGUGCUGAAAUAGCAGAUAGAGUUGUGGGUUAUAUUCAAUGAAAUAGCAGAUAGAGUUGUGGGUUAUAUUCAAUGAAAUAGCAGAUAGAGUUGUGGGUUAUAUUCAAUGAAGACAAACCUGUAGUACUUGAAGUAAGGGUUUCGUUCUCUUAUUCAGAUUCAUUGUGCAGUUUCAGUCUUCACAUCUGGUUAGGAUCCAUGCACAGCCUAAUUCUAGCAGUAACAUAAGUCCUUUAUAGCUUUUUAUUUAUGAACAUUUUUUCUUUCAUAAUAUUGGAGUCAAAAUCUCCUUGUACAUGUAUGUAUAGGAACCCUAAAAGCUAAAGUAAGAUGAUCACAGUAGUAUUGCCGCACAAUUGUUAUACCUUCAAAUCCAAAUGAGCAACAUAAGUACAUGUACGUACAUGUACAUGUAGGUAUAGAGAAUGUACGUGUCCCACCUGAUCCAGAUGCAUUAUUUAUUUUUCAGAAGAAUUGCUUUUUAUUUUAGUUGUAAUUUGACUUUUAAACCAAAUAAUAUAUUCAGUAUUUAUUUGAUAAGACUUAUUUACCGCCUAUUUAAUCCCAUUGUAUUCUUUAGGGUAUUUGAUUACUAUCUUAUGAUUACUUGGUUCAGAUCUGUUAUUUAUGCAAAGAAAACACAGAGCAGUUGAUUGAUUGCUUGAUUGGCCUGAUCAUGGUUUAGAGUGCAACAAUGUCAUGUACAGACUAACAUAGAAUGGUUCUUUGCAACAAAGCUAUUAUAGGAGUACAUUGACUGAUUGUAGAGUGUGAUCUGGACAGUAGGCUGCAUUCAAGGUAACCUUUUCUAUGCAUAUUGGAGGACUAUAUACAUCACACAGCUGUAACAUACGCAUCUCAUGUAUAGCAUUCGUGUCUCUUGUUGCUAUACAUCAAUACUUGAAAUGUUUGAGCUUAACUUCAUAUUGAGAUAGUGGCAUGUGAAAUGUUUUCUAAUUUGUUCUGUCUUAUACCCUGAAUAUCUUCUUCUUUUCUUUGCAAUCUUAAGUGUGAAAACCAAUUGUUAAAUAAUUACAAAUCUUUUGAGAGGUUUUUGGUAUUUGUUUUAAAUGUGACCUAGAACACAUUAGCGUGUACCAGUUGUUUAUAUAUUGCAAUUAUUACUGAUCUGUAUUGUUUGAUCUAUUGGCUUUGCUUUGUGUGUAGUCUAUUAAACUCUACACCUGGUUAGGGAACUAUA